GUCGUUUUCUUGUUGGAUGGCUCUGAUGCCACAAGAAACUCAUUCCCAGCGAUGAGAGACUUUGUCCAAAGAGUCGUAGAGUCACUGAGUGUGGAUGAUAACAAAGAUCGAGUCUCCCUGAUUCAGUACAGCAGAAAUGCAGCUGUCCAGUUCUACCUGAACACAUACAAAACAAAGCGCGAAAUCCUUGACAUUGUUAGAGGGUUGAGGCACAGAGGUGGAACAACCCUCAACACUGGAGCAGCUCUCCAGUACUUGAGGGAUAAUGUCUUCACAACCUCUGCCGGCAGCAGACGCCUUGAAGGAGUCCCACAGGUCCUAAUAUUGCUAAGCGGCGGAUUAAUCUUUACCUUAGAAGAGACUGACAUGGAAACAGCUGAAGCCAAAAAGGAUAUUGUAUUCCUUCUGGAUGGUUCUGAUGGAACAAGGAGUGGCUUCCCCACCAUGCGCGAUUUUGUUGAGCAAGUGGUGGAGAAACUCAAUGUGGGCGUAGACAAAGACCGUGUCUCUGUGGUCCAGUACAGCAUAGAUGCAGAGGCCAAUUUCUAUCUGAACACGUACACUACAAGAGAGGAUAUUGUGGAUGCAGUCAGAGGGCUCAGACACAGAGGAGGCAGACCACUCAACACAGGGGCUGCGCUACGAUACGUCAGGGACAACGUCUUUACAAACUCCUCAGGGAGUAGGCGCCCGCAAGGUGUUCCACAGAUCUUGAUCCUGCUUAAUGGUGGGCGGUCUUCUGACAGCGUUGAUGCGCCAGCCUCUGCUCUUAAACAGCAGGGCAUCUUUACAAUCAGCAUUGGAACAAAGAACUCUGACAGCAGCGAGCUGAAAAAGAUAUCCCAUGACCCAACUCUCCAGUACUUGAGGGAUAAUGUCUUCACAACCUCUGCCGGCAGCAGACGCCUUGAAGGAGUCCCACAGGUCCUAAUAUUGCUAAGCGGCGGAAGGUCUUUUGACAGUGUCGAUGCACCAGCUUCUGCUCUCAAAAAGCUCGGAGAUAUUGUAUUCCUUCUGGAUGGUUCUGAUGGAACAAGGAGUGGCUUCCCCACCAUGCGCGAUUUUGUUGAGCAAGUGGUGGAGAAACUCAAUGUGGGCGUAGACAAAGACCGUGUCUCUGUGGUCCAGUACAGCAUAGAUGCAGAGGCCAAUUUCUAUCUGAACACGUACACUACAAGAGAGGAUAUUGUGGAUGCAGUCAGAGGGCUCAGACACAGAGGAGGCAGACCACUCAACACAGGGGCUGCGCUCCGAUACGUCAGGGACAACGUCUUUACAAACUCCUCAGGGAGUAGGCGCCAGCAAGGUGUUCCACAGAUCUUGAUCCUGCUUAAUGGUGGGCGGUCUUCUGACAGCGUUGAUGCGCCAGCCUCUGCUCUUAAACAGCAGGGCAUCUUUACAAUCAGCAUUGGAACACAGAACUCAGACAGCAGCGAGCUGAAAAAGAUAUCCCAUGACCCAAGUAAUGCUCUAGCAGUGUCUGAGCUCACUGACCUCCCCAGUAGAGUCGUAGAGUCACUGAGUGUGGAUGAUAACAAAGAUCGAGUCUCCCUGAUUCAGUACAGCAGAAAUGCAGCUGUCCAGUUCUACCUGAACACAUACAAAACAAAGCGCGAAAUCCUUGACAUUGUUAGAGGGUUGAGGCACAGAGGUGGAACAACCCUCAACACUGGAGCAGCUCUCCAGUACUUGAGGGAUAAUGUCUUCACAACCUCUGCCGGCAGCAGACGCCUUGAAGGAGUCCCACAGGUCCUAAUAUUGCUAAGCGGCGGAAGGUCUUUUGACAGUGUCGAUGCACCAGCUUCUGCUCUCAAAAAGCUCGGAGUUCUGAUCUUU